CCAGUGUGGACUACUCAUCAGUAGUGGUGGCUGCCAUGCAGGCUUGCUAUGCCCACGUGCCCAAGCUGCGCUGGGAGACCAUGGAUGUGCGGGCACUGGGCUUCCCCAGUGGCUCCUUUGAUGUGGUGCUUGAGAAGGGCACAUUGGAUGCCCUGCUGGCUGGGGAACAGGAUCCCUGGACCGUGUCCUCUGAAGGUGUCCACACUGUGGACCAGGUGCUGAGUGAGAUGGUGGAGUACAAACGGGCCACGCUUCAGGACGAAGACGCACCCGAGACCCCCGUAGAGGGCGGGGCCUCCCAGGACGCAGUGGAGGUGGGAUUCCGGAAGAGGACAAGACAACUCUUAGGCUCACACACACGGCUGGAACUGGUCUUGGCAAGUGUUUCUCUACUGCUGGCUGCACUGCUUCUGGGCUGCCUUGUGGCCCUGGGGGUCCAGUACCACAGAGACCCAUCCCACAGCACCUGCCUCACAGAGGCCUGCAUUCGAGUGGCUGGAAAAAUCCUGGAGUCCCUGGACCGGGAGGUGAGCCCCUGUGAGGACUUUUACCAGUUCUCCUGCGGAGGCUGGAUUCGGAGGAACGCCCUGCCAGAUGGGCAUUCUCGCUGGAACACCUUUAACAGCCUCUGGGACCAGAACCAGGCCAUACUGAAGCUCCUGCUUGAAAACACUACCUUCAACUCCAGCAGCGAAGCUGAGCGGAAGACGCAGCGCUUCUACCUGUCCUGCUUACAGGUGGAGCAUAUUGAGGAGUUGGGAGCCCAGCCACUGCGAGACCUCAUUGACAAGAUCGGUGGUUGGAACAUUACGGGGCCCUGGGACCAGGACAACUUCAUGGACGUGCUGAAGGCAGUAGCAGGGACCUACAGGGCCACCCCAUUCUUCACCGUCUACAUCAGUGCCGACUCGAAGAGUUCCAACAGCAAUGUUAUCCAGGUAGACCAGUCUGGGCUCUUUCUGCCCUCUCGAGAUUAUUACUUAAACAGAACUGCCAAUGAGAAAGUGCUCACUGCCUACCUGGAUUACAUGGAAGAGCUGGGGAUGCUGUUGGGUGGACAGCCAACCUCCUCACGGGAGCAGAUGCAGCAGGUGCUGGAGCUGGAGAUACAACUGGCCAACAUCACAGUGCCCCAGGACCAGCGGCGCGAUGAGGAGAAGAUCUAUCACAAGAUGAGCAUCUCGGAGCUGCAGACUUUGGCGCCCUCCAUCGACUGGCUUGAGUUCCUGUCUUUCUUGCUGUCACCAUUGGAGUUGAGUGACUCUGAGCCUGUGGUGGUUUAUGGGAUGGAUUAUUUGCAGCAGGUGUCAGAGCUUAUCAACCGCACGGAACCAAGCAUCCUGAACAAUUACCUGAUCUGGAACCUUGUGCAGAAGACAACCUCAAGCCUGGACCAACGCUUUGAGUCUGCACAAGAGAAGCUGCUGGAAACCCUUUAUGGCACCAAGAAGUCCUGUAUGCCGAGGUGGCAGACCUGCAUCUCCAGCACAGAUGACGCCCUUGGCUUUGCUCUGGGCUCCCUCUUUGUGAAGGCCACCUUUGACCGGCAAAGCAAGGAAAUCGCAGAGGGGAUGAUCAGCGAAAUCCGGACUGCCUUCGAGGAGGCCCUGGGACAGCUGGUUUGGAUGGAUGAGAAGACGCGCCAGGCAGCCAAGGAGAAAGCAGACGCUAUCUAUGAUAUGAUUGGUUUCCCGGAUUUCAUCCUGGAGCCCAAAGAGCUGGAUGAUGUUUAUGAUGGGUAUGAAGUCUCUGAAGAUUCUUUUUUCCAAAACAUGUUGAAUUUGUAUAACUUCUCUGCUAAGGUGAUGGCUGACCAGCUCCGUAAGCCUCCCAGCCGAGACCAGUGGAGCAUGACCCCCCAGACAGUGAAUGCCUACUACCUUCCAACCAAGAACGAAAUCGUCUUCCCUGCUGGCAUCCUGCAGGCCCCCUUCUAUGCCUGCAACCACCCAAAGGCCCUGAACUUUGGUGGCAUCGGCGUGGUAAUGGGCCAUGAGUUGACACAUGCCUUUGAUGACCAAGGGCGUGAGUAUGACAAGGAGGGGAACCUGCGGCCCUGGUGGCAGAACGAGUCGCUGGCGGCCUUCCAGAACCACACGGCCUGCAUGGAGGAGCAGUACAACCAGUACCAGGUCAAUGGGGAGAGGCUCAACGGCCGCCAGACGCUGGGGGAGAACAUCGCCGACAAUGGGGGGCUCAAGGCUGCCUACAAUGCAUAUGAAACAUGGCUGAGAAAGCAUGGGGAGGAGCAGCAGCUGCCAGCCGUGGGGCUCACCAACCACCAGCUCUUCUUUGUGGGAUUUGCCCAGGUGUGGUGCUCGGUCCGCACACCAGAGAGCUCUCACGAGGGGCUGGUGACCGAUCCCCACAGCCCUGCUCGCUUCCGCGUGCUGGGCACUCUCUCCAACUCCCGUGACUUUCUGCGGCACUUCGGCUGCCCUGUUGGUUCCCCCAUGAACCCAGGGCAGCUGUGUGAGGUGUGGUAGGCCUGGAUCUGGGGAGAAAUGGGUGACUGGUGCUGGGCCUGGGGCAGCUCUCUAGGCAAGGCUGUUUGCUCCCAAGGUUGGGAGAAAGCAAAAACAAGUUGGGCCCCUCCACACCACAGGCGACAUGAGUCCCAGUCCCUACUCAACCACCACAUCGUGCCUCUGCUUUGGGGAUGCCCCUGCCUCCAGCAGAGCCCCCACCAUUCACUGUGACAUCCUUCCAUGUUACCCUGCCUGGAGGAGGGUACAGUCCCCUCAGGAAGGAGUCUGCCUCUUCUGGCCCCAAGCUCACUCAGCUUGGUGGCCAUGGGGCCCACUAUGCCUGCCCCACUCUGACCACGCAGGGCCUGGGUGGUGUCCCUCCCCAGCUUCUCCCCGAGGUUCACCAAGUGCUCACUUGGGAGUGGCCUUGGCCCACUUUGGCCCCACACUCGGGGGCUGCCCCUACACCAUGCUCCUUGUGCUGUGGCUCCCAUUACUGUUGCUGACCCUCACAGACAGGCCAACUGGCUCAGCUCUUAGUGGAAGCCUGAGCGUCUUUAAAAGCCUUCCUGCUGCCCCCCUGUUUUCCUGGGCUGAGAGGGAAAGUGUGUGUAUAUAGGGGUGCUGGUUCCUGUGUCUUAAGACACAAAUCUUAGUGGGUGACUGGUUUUCCCUGGAGCAAGCAGGAAAGCAGAUAGAGGUGGGAGAAGGAAGGAUAGAGUUUAUUUUUACAGGGAAGAAGGUGGGGAGGGUGUGGUCUUGGCCCUGUAGGACUCUGUGCCAAUAAAUAGACACACAUCAGUCA